ACGCUUCUAUACAAGGGGGCAACCCGUCGCGCGCCAGCCUAGGAGAAGCCGGAGAAGUGGGGUUGGGGGCUGAGGCUGUGCUGCGGGCCCCCGCAGGAAGAAGAUGAACGGGACGCGGAACUGGUGUACACUGGUGGACGUGCAGCCGGAGGGCCAGCCCGCGGGCGACGUGGAUGUUCUCAGGCUGACUCUGCAGAGCGAACUGACAGGAGAGGAACUUGAGCACAUAGCCCAGAAGGCGGGCAGGAAGACCUACGCCAUGGUGUCCAGCCACGCGGCCGGUCGUUCUCUGGCCUCAGAACUGGUGGAGUCCAACGAUGGGCAUGAGGAGAUCAUUAAGGUGUACUUGAAGGGGCGGUCUGGAGACAAGAUGACCCAUGAGAAGAGUGUUAAUCAGCUCAAGAGUGAGGUCCAGUAUAUCCAGGAGGCCAGGAACUGUCUGCAGAAGCUCCGGGAGGAUAUAAGCAGCAAGCUGGACAGGGAUCCCGGAGACACUGUCCACCGACAGGAGAUCCAGGUGGUGCUGGACAAGCCAAACGGCUUGAGUCAGAGCCCCACGGCCCCAUGCAGCAGCCCAGCUGAGGCGGACCCCUACACAAACGAAGGCGUCGAGAGCUUGAGGAGGAGCGUGCGGGACUUGAAUGCCAAGCUGCAGGAGGCUGAGCGGCAGCACCAGGCAGACCGCGUGGCUUUUGAGGUCACACUCAGCCGGUACCAGCGAGAAGCAGAACAGAGUAACCUGGCCCUUCAGAGAGAGGAGGACAGAGUGGCGCAGAAAGAGGCAGAGAUCGGAGAGCUGCAGAGGCGCUUGCUGGGGAUGGAGACGGAGCACCAGGCUUUGCUGGCAAAAGUCGGGGAAGGGGAGAUGGCCCUGGAGGAACUUCGGAGCAAGAACACUGACUGUCAAGCGGAACGAGACAAGGCUGCCAGCCUGGAAAAGGAAGUCGCUGGGCUACGGGAGAAGAUCCACCACCUGGAUGACAUGCUCAAGAGCCAGCAGCGGAAGGUCCGGCAGAUGAUAGAGCAGCUCCAGAAUUCAAAAGCUGUGAUCCAGUCCAAGGACACCACCAUCCAGGAGCUCAAGGAGAAAGUCGCCUACCUGGAGGCAGAGAAUUUAGAGAUGCAUGACCGGAUAGAACACCUCAUAGAAAAACAAGUCAGUCAUGGCAACUUCAGCACCCAGACCCGGGCCAAGACAGAGAACCUGGGCAGCGUCAGGAUAUCCAAGCCCCCCAGCCCCAAGCCCAUGCCUCUCAUCCGCGUGGUGGAAACCUGAGCUGCCGGGAGACGGACGCCGCAGUUGCUGGGGAGAGCCCACCACCCCUGUAGGCUGUUAGCACUGACUUUAACUUCCUUGCUGUUCCCGGCUGCACCCAGGGCUUGCGGCCUCUGCUGGGCAGACUGAGCACGAGCACCUCCUCUGGACACUGCAGCCCUGUGGGAGACCGGAUCUGCCAGCAGGAGCCAGGGCAGCAUCCUGAUUCCCAUCAUCCACUCUUCUCCCUGUGGCAGAGCCUCUCUUAUGUUGCAUGGGGGAGUCCAGCUGCCUGAGAGGCAGGCCCUCGUCAGAGCUGGAGGGGUGAGAUUGGCACGGAUGUCCAGGGGGAUGCCAGUGUGUCCUAGGGGAAUGAAGUUCCUUCUGCAGACGGCUCGGUUCUUAGCCAUGGGCUGUUUUUCUCCCUGCUCCACCCUCUGCCUGUGCUGACCUGGGCCUCCUGUGGGCAGUCAAUAAGGGCUUCCCGUUGAGGCCUGGUCAGUCUGUGAACCUGAACCUGAACUUGGACUGCACGGCCUCGUCCUUCUGGGGAGAAGGGGAUGUGCAUUCAGGGAACAGCUUUUAGCAGAAAGACUCUCCAGGGCCACAGAUAGUCAGGUGUGACUUCUCUUUGCCAUGGAAGCUUCUAGAAUCUCAUAGGGUUUUCCCCUAAGGUGCCUCACAAGGCACAACCUCAGCCUUCUUGUCCCAGAGCCUAGAACCUUUCCAGUGGGUCUCCUGAGUCCUGGGAGAACCCUCAGUGUAUUUAUUUUGCUAAGUUAUUGGUGUUUUGCUUUCAUCUCCAGAGGGCUCCCCAGCAGAGCCCCACAGGUUUGCUCGACUCUGGGAAAAGUGUUUCCGUUGAACUUGACUUCAGAGCAACUUCGUGAUGCAUCUUUCUCUCCCUUUCUUCUACCUGCUGCUUCCCCCUUCCUGCCCCAGACUCGCUGUGUGCCUCGGAAGGGCAGGUGCAGUGCCCUGGGCAGUGGGGUCUGAGGGUGUGUUGUUUGGGGGAAGAGGGCAGUCGGACCUCUCGUGCUGGGGCCAGGGCCGGGUUCUUCCCCUGAGCCCUGUGAACUCGCCUUCGAAAGGGGCUCUUUAUACUGUAGCUCGUCAGGUUUUCUUUAGGGCUCUUCUUGCAGCCUCAAGAAGUAGAUAAGCAUCAGAGUGUGGUACCAAAGGAAGCAGAGGGAUUAGAAAUAAGCAUGGAUUAAGUGUUCAGGCUCUCCUUGGCUCACAACCAGAAGCCUCGGGUCCGUGCGUUUCUGGGUAUCAGAACUGGACUCACGUCCUGGCCUCGUCCACACUGCCCUUCUCGCACUUGGGGCAGUCAGACCAGAUGGCCUCCUCACCCCUUCUGGUCCUGAUGUGUUCUCUGGCCGUUCUUUGUAUGGUGGAUUUAAUAAAUUAUGAUUAUGUGUCUCUCUGA